GCCUACAUUGUAAAUGAAUGAGGAGAAGUUAGUGUGUUGUUGGUACCCAGUACGGAAUGGUCGAACUUCUCGAACUGAUCAUGCUAAUGUGAUGAUGCCUCCCAGACAGUAGGAUCCUACUACUACUCCGAGACUGAUUUCGAGUCUUCUCCUCAUGCUCCUUGUUCUUUAAGUAGGAUCUACAUGCAGAGAGCUAGCUGUUAGUGUUAUUCGUUCAUCGAGCAGGUACAAGACCACAUGAUGACAUGCUGUACAGUGCAGUAGAGUUUUGUUUCCACCUAGAUUGCAUAGUCCAAUCUCAUCAAGUUUGAUUUCAUCUCUGUAUUAAACCAACUGCUUCAAGAUGGCUCGCAUCCUAAGCCAGCUGCGUCUCCUUCUCUGGAAGAACUUCCUCCUUCAACUCAGACGCGUAAUAGCGACCAUCUUUGAGAUUCUCAUCCCCGUACUCUUUGCCUGCAUCCUCAUCGGGAUCAGGCAUGCUGUGGAUUACACCGUCUACCCUAACGCCACCGUCUACGACACCUUUAACAUCAACAACCUGCCGCACAAUCUGACUAUCUUUCCCUUACCUGUAACAGUAUGGCAGAUGGCUUACACACCCAACACAUCCGCAACAAACCAGAUCAUGUCGCACGUUGUGAAAAAUCUUGGCCAGCCGUUCGUUAGUCUCGUAGAUGGUCCAGGUUUUCCAACUGAAGACGCUAUGCUGGAGUACUUCGCCCAGAUCAACGGCACCAAGGAUUCUCCUUUGCUGGGUGGUAUUGUGUUUCAUAAUGACUUCCCAGAGAAUGGUGACUUACCGUCCAAUCUCAACUACAGUAUAAGGUUAUCAUCCAGCCCAAGGAACUCUCCUGCUAUGAGCUCUGGAGGGCAAAGCUCCCUGAAUGAUCAGAAGAGUGAAUGGAAGACAGAUGAGCUGUUUCCUUUCAUCAUGACCAUGGGACCAAGGGCUAAGCAAUACUCAUGGGGCGGUGACCCUGGGUAUAUGAGAGAAGGCUUCCUUUCCCUGCAGCAUGCCAUAGACAAGGCUUUCCUGCAGUACAUGAACCCGACCCUGACGGAUCAGUUCAGGAUUGACAUGCAACGCUACCCAUAUCCUCCAUACCUGGACGAUCUGUUCAUCCUGGCCAUACAAGGCCAGUUACCAUACCUUCUCUUCAUCAGUCUGGUCUAUCCCAUGAUCAACAUCGCUAGGACUAUCUGUCUGGAGAAGGAGAAGAGGCUCAAGGAAUCGAUGCGUAUGAUGGGCCUGAGUAACUGGCUCCAUUGGAUGGCUUGGUUCAUCAAGUUCUUCGUCUUCCUCCUCAUCUCAACCAUAUUCAUGACCAUCCUCUACACUGUCCCAGUCGGACCACAGGGGGCGAUAUUUAAAAGCAGUGAACCUACUGUAAUCUUUGUCUUUCUGCUUCUCUAUGCCGUGUCAACUAUUGCUCUGUCGUUUGCAGUCAGUGUCUUCUUUUCAAAAGCCAACACUGCUACUGCAGCCGCAGGGAUAGUAUGGUUUCUCUCCAUCGUACCCUACACCUUCAUGUUUAACACCUACAGCUAUCUAUCAGCUGCAGAGAAGGCAGCAGCAUGUCUACUUUCAAACUCAGCCAUGUCUGUUGGUCUCCUACUCAUCGGAGUAUUUGAAGGAACUUCUGAAGGAGUACAGUGGUAUAACAUGGCGCAACCGGCCACUGCUGAUGAUAACUUCACCUUCCUAGCGGUCCUCAUCAUGCUCCUGGUUGAUACCAUCCUCUAUCUUCUCAUUGCUUGGUACUUUGAAGCUGUGUAUCCUGGAGAAUAUGGCAUCCCAAAACCGCUCUACUUCCCUUUCACCAGGAACUACUGGUUUGGACCUAAGAAGGGUAGCUAUGCUAUAGACGUGGAGAGUGCUCCUGUACUCAAUGGCUCAUCAUCAAACCAUGACUUCAUGGAGAGGGAUCCGGUGGGGAUCAAGGCAGGGGUGCAGAUCAAAAAGCUUAGCAAGACAUUUGGAAAGAAGGUAGCAGUGAAUGAUCUCUCAAUCUCCAUGUAUGAGGGUCAGAUCACAGCUCUACUAGGUCACAAUGGAGCUGGUAAGACAACCACUAUCUCCAUGCUGACUGGACUCUUCCCACCGACAUCCGGCACAGCGGUGGUCAACGGUCACGACAUCUGCAUCGACAUCGAUGGUGUCAGGUCCGACCUGGGUCUAUGCCCUCAGCAUGAUGUCCUCUUUGAUGAUAUGACUGUGGAGGAACAUCUGUAUUUCUUUGCCACGCUGAAGGGUUACCCUCCUAAAGGCGUACAGGAUGAGAUAGAUCGUUACAUCACUUCCGUGGGUCUGGAGGAUAAGAGGUUUGUCAAGUCUAAGGCUCUCUCCGGGGGUAUGAAGAGAAAGCUGUCUGUUGGUAUCGCCCUCAUAGCUGAUUCCAAGAUUGUUAUGUUGGAUGAGCCAACCUCAGGGAUGGAUCCUUCCGCACGUCGGUUCACAUGGGAUCUCCUCCAGCAGCAUCGUAAGGGACGUACCAUGAUCCUCACUACACAUUUCAUGGAUGAAGCUGAUCUUCUAGGAGACCGCAUCGCAAUCAUGGCCGAUGGUCAGAUCAAAUGCUGCGGGUCAUCACUCUUCCUCAAAAAGAAAUAUGGUAUUGGGUAUCACAUGGUGAUCGCCAAAUCCGCUGACUGCAAUGUGAAUGCAGUGACCGAGAUCAUCAAGGAUUACGUCUCUGGAGCACAGAUGGAGAACAAUGUCGGUGCAGAGCUCUCGUAUAUCCUACCGGAGGAAUCGGUAGAUAAGUUUGAGCGUCUCUUCUCACAGCUGGAGACUCAGAAGACAGAGCUAGGGAUCGAUAGCUAUGGUGCCUCGGUGACUACCAUGGAGGAAGUCUUCCUCAAGGUUGGCAUGAACAUGGGCCAGAAUGAGGAGAGUGAACCACGUUACCGAAGCACCUCCAAUGCUGAAGCUAGUCUGGAUAGUCUACCAAAUGGAAAAACGGAUGCACCUAAAGAACUGCCAGACCAAGCGUACGACAAUGCAGCCUAUGUUCUGGAAGAACAAGAGCUUGAAUCAGAAAUGCAGCAUGAAAGCGUUAACAGCCAAGGAUCUAUAAUUGUUCCUGAUCUGAACACAGGCAUUGUGCUGUACUGGCAGCAGUUCCGUGCCAUGUUCCUGAAACGAGUCCUGCACACGUGGCGCAACCUGAUCCUCAUCGUGGUCCAACUCUUCAUCCCAAUUAUCUGUACCCUGUUUGCUAUCCUAGCCACCAAGUUCUUGCCCUCUCCCGGUAAUUCUACGCCUAUCACACUCAACAUGGAAACCUACGGCAAGGACACCAUUGCUCCCUUCACGUCCUACGAUCCAUCCAGCUCAGUCAUUGAUCAGCUCACCAGGCAGUAUGCAGACCAGUUCAUCAACACUGGCACAACAGCAGUCAACGUCUCCACCAAUGCUACCUAUGACAUGUUGGACUACCUGAUUGACAGGCGAGAGGAAACCUUGUCAGAAUUCUUCCGGGUUAACUUGAUCUCGUCAACGUUUGAUGAUGUGGUCUUGCCGAGCAACGCGACGCGUGUUGAAGGUGUCGCCUUGUUCCAGGAGCAACCGUACCACGCCCCUCCCAUUGCCCUCAAUGCCUUGGACAAUGCUCUCCUACGUUACUAUCUGAAUGGCAGCUACCAGAUAACCACCAUCAAUCAUCCAUUGCCAAGGACGAUUGAAGAACAGGCUAGUGACCAGCUUAACCUUGGGGUGCAGACAGGGUUUGCGAUAUCUUUCAACAUGCUAUUUGGGAUGUCAUUCCUGGCCAGUAGCUUUGUGGUCUUCCUCAUCAAGGAGAGUACAGUCAAAUCGAAGCAUGUCCAGUUCAUCAGUGGUGUUCGCAUCUCUAACUUCUGGUUCUCCACCUUUCUUUGGGAUCUCAUCAACUACCUGGUGCCCUGCAUCAUCUGUGUUCUCAUCUUCAUCAUCUUCAGCAUCGAAGCUUACGCUGGUAUCAACAGUCUCUCGGUACUCCUCAUCCUCUUCCUACAUGGCUGGGCCAUCAUACCCCUCAUGUACCUCCUCUCGUUCUUCUUCACCACCCCAUCCACCGGUUUUGUCGCUCUCACCAUGUUCAACAUCAUCUUCGGGUCAACGACCUACAUUGCCGUGGAGAUCUUGUCGGUGCCUGAGCUGGGGCUAGUUUACAUCGCUGAUAUUCUGAGCUGGACGUUCAUGUUCUGUCCAUCGUUCUGCCUAGGAUCAGCAUUGUCUAACUACUAUAACAACUAUCAAAUCGUCAAGAUCUGUACCGAGAACGAAGUUGCUAGACAGCUCUGCAAUUCUCAACCAGACAUCCAUUUCCAAGAGAACAUGUAUGCUUGGGAGGAGCCUGGUAUCGGGAAGUUUUUGAUCUUCCUGGCAAUAGAGGGAGUCCUGUACUUUGUGCUGGUCUUCAUCUACGAGUUGGGAUGGUUCAGGAAUCUCAGAUACUUGCUGCAGAAGAAGAGGGCCAUCAAUGUGAUAGAAGAUACACCAGCUAACACUGAGGAUGAAGAUGUUGCAGCAGAGAGGAAGCGUAUCCAGACCACGCCCAAAGAAGAGCUCUUCAGAACCAACGUCCUGGUGAUGGAGGAUCUCCGUAAGAUCUACCCAGGAUCCAGGAGGAAGGCUCCGUUGGUGGCUGUCCAUGGGACCUCCCUGGGGGUGCCUCCCAGGGAAUGCUUUGGGUUGCUAGGGGUUAAUGGAGCAGGGAAGACCACUACGUUCAAGAUGCUGACAGGGGAUGAGGAUGUGACGGGAGGAGAGGCGUACGUUGAAGGCUUCAGUAUCAAGGAUGAUUUGCAGAUGGUUCAGCAGCGUGUUGGGUACUGCCCUCAGUCUGACGCCUUGAUUGAUCAGAUGACAUGCAGGGAGACAUUGUUCAUGUAUGGUAGACUGAGAGGUAUGCCUGAGGUUAGGAUACCACCUCAGGUUCAUAAGCUGCUUCAUAUCUUCAGACUGGAACCUCAUGCUGAUAAACAAGCCAAGGCACUCAGUGGCGGUAACAAGCGUAAGCUGAGUACAGCCAUAGCCCUGAUAGGUGAUCCACCCAUCGUCUUCUUAGAUGAACCAUCCACCGGUAUGGAUCCGGUUACUAGGAGGUUGCUAUGGGAUGCACUCUGUAAGGUGCGAGAUGAAGGCAGGUGCAUCAUCUUAACAUCACACAGCAUGGAGGAGUGUGAAGCCCUGUGUACCAGGCUUGCUAUCAUGGUGAAUGGAGGCAUCAAGUGUCUAGGAUCAACGCAGCAUCUUAAGAGUCGCUUCGGUCACGGCUACACCCUCCUUGCCAAGGUAGCCAUCACCAUAGAGGGCGGUAUUCCAGAUCUACAACCUCUCAAGAAUUUCAUCAUGGCCGAGUUUCCAGGGAGCACUGUGAAAGACGAGCAUCAAGGGAUGGUCCACUACCACAUCACCGAUCCAUCACUAACAUGGGCAAAAAUAUUUGGGACUAUGGAAAGGGCGAAGACCAUCUAUAACAUAGAGGACUACUCGGUCAGUCAGACCACGUUAGAACAAGUCUUUGUCAACUUUGCUAGGAUGCAGAGGGAGGAUCUCAAUCUCUCAUAGACAUAGAGGCUAUUUUCAUAUCCACACAAAUAUAUUAUUUUUUAGUAUAUAUUGAUGACAAUGUGACAAAAUGGAAUAUUUCAGAAAUGAUGAUUAGGGUAUUUUGCAUUUAAUAAGUGACUUUGAAAUGAAAUUAUGAAGCUGUAAAAUGAUUGACAAUUAAUCAUGAAGAAUAAUAGUAUACCAGUCUCCGAUUUUUGCAAUAUGUUAUGAUUUUGUGUAGUUUAUACUGUACAUAAUGCCAAAGACUAAUUUUUUUUUAAACUUCUGUCAUAGACUUAUAUGCAUUGAUAUUUUUAGAUACAUGUAAUAUAUAUUUGAAUAAUAUAUGUUCUUAGAGUUUACAGUAUAAGGUAAAAUUAGAGUAUAGUAUCGUUAUUUCUUAUCAUCAAAUUCAUAUUUUCUUUUGAUUGUUCAUUGUAAGAUAAUAAGAAAAUACAGAGAGCAUGGAUAUGCAUAAUUGUAAUUAUUUGUUGAUUGGUGCAGCUGAUACAUGUUGAUGUAGUCGCAUGAAAUGAAAUGUCAUAUUUAGUGGCACAUGUAAUAUAACAGACCAAGAGAGAAACCAAGAACUACCUGGGAGGGUAACAUUAAGAUGUAGAGUGGGAUGUUGACACCCUAGGGAGUGUACUAGGAUGGCAGAAAACAGAAUUGUAUGGAGAAUGUUGCGAUCAACCUCCAAGUUCAGAGAAGAUACCUUGAUAGAUAGAAUAUGUGUAUUCUAAAACUCGAGCAUUCCAAUAAUGUAAGUACAGGUACAUUUAAUGUACAGUUUUGAACUCAUGUGUGAUGACAUUCGUAGACAUGCAAGAAGAAAACCGACAUGAAAAGCUUUUUCUGUUCCUAAUGACAAGAGCUGUCAUUUUUAUCUCUGAACAAACUCUUUUCAAAUCUGGUAGAUUUGGUAGAUUUUACAGCUGUUAUUGUGAUGUUUCAACAUUAUGCUUUGUAUAGUGUAUAUAAGUAGUUGGUAUAUUGUCCCAAUGCAUCCAGCUCUCUUCUGGAUGUACUCUCUUGUUUUUUGCCUUUUUUUCUUCUUCAAAAUUUACUGCUCUCAUCUGGAGCAUGGUCAUAAUUCCAAACUAGAUGUAGAUAAAGAUGUAGAAAUUUCUCUUCAUUGUUUGCAUACUGUACCUGAAGCCCGUUAGUGAACAGUGGAAUACAUGUAUGUCAAGUUUUCAUCGCAGCGCAUCGGUAUCUUUUUAGUUCCCAAAAACAUUUGUGUCACCUGUACACCUGUUGUAUUACCUCAAUUUUUUGCACAUUGGGUAUCAGUAGUACUGUAUAAUUGUAUGUCAACAUGCGUUUAGUGUGCCUUUUAUUUACAGUGGCUUAUUCUAGGGAAACUAGUAUAUUAAUUAUGCAAUUUUGUAUCAGUCAAAUUACUUGCGAUGUUACUGUAUAUGUAUAUGUUUUGAUCAAUUAGAAAAGAAAUGAACCUCUUAUAGAAUUAUGAGAAAUAUUGUUUAUAUUAAUUUAUGAAUAAACUUGUCUGGUAAUUCA